UAGAGGAGAAGAAGCGACAGGGGAGGAUGCGAGCGUUGGUCCCUCCCUUCAUCCUCACCAUCAUCUCCAUCGCCGUCCUCCUCCUCUUCUGAGGUGUGUCUGCGCCGCCGGAGCUGCAGACAGACAGACAGACAGACAGGCAAAGCGGACAGACUGAAAACGACCUCAUCUCUUUGUUCACUCGGAACAUGGCGUCAAAAUGUCCCAAAUGCGACAAGACGGUGUAUUUCGCCGAGAAGGUGUCGUCUCUGGGGAAAGACUGGCACAAGUUCUGCCUGAAAUGCGAGCGCUGCAACAAGACGUUGAACCCCGGAGGCCACGCCGAGCACGAUGGGAAGCCUUACUGCCACAAGCCCUGCUACGCCGCCCUCUUCGGACCGAAAGGCGUGAACAUCGGCGGCGCUGGCUCCUACUUAUACGACAAUCCCGUCAACGAAGCCCCUGCAGCCGUUUCCAUGGAAACAGACGGCAAACCGGAGGAGGAGAGAAAAGCCCCCGCACGGGGACCCGUGAAGGCUGCAAGCUUCUCGUCUUUCUGUGGAGGACCCAACAUCUGCCCCAGGUGCAACAAGACAGUGUACUUCGCUGAGAAGGUGUCGUCUCUCGGGAAGAACUGGCACCGGCCCUGUCUGCGCUGUGAGAGAUGCAGUAAGACUCUGGCUCCUGGCAGCCACGCUGAGCACGAUGGACAGCCAUACUGCCACAAACCGUGCUACGCCGUGCUGUUCGGGCCCAAAGGUGUAAACACUGGGGGUGUCGGCAGCUACAUCUAUGACGAACCCGAGGCUGAGGCGCAGCCCUGAGCCCGACGCCGACUCCAGGACACUCGACGUCUCUUUGAUUUGCCUUCUCCAGUCACGGUGACAAACGACAUGUACUGCACUCCCUGGGAUGGAUGUUUAGAUGUUUAUGUUGUAUUUGUAUAUUGUUUAUAUAUCUAUUUUUUGUACCGAAACAAACCUUUAACAUGUCCUCCCAUGUGAGUUUCAGAUUUGCCUUUAGGUUUCCUGGUUCUCUUUGCCAAAUAAUUAUCAGCAUUAUGAAGUUAACGCGCCUGUGGUUUUUCACUCGUUAUUAACAGUUUUUCAGACUUUGUGCGAUUAGAAACAAAAAGGUAUCCCAGCCCAAAAACGUCAGUGUUUGUUGAACGGGUUCAUCCUGAUUCUAAACAAAGGGAUGAGCUGUAGCCGUUGGCUGAGGUACACACACAGACACGACUGGUUACUGGUUUGAAGGUGAGUUUAGGGGCUGUUGUGAACAAAAAAUGUUUAAUUGUGCAUCACAUUUUCUACAGUAAAACUGUGUGGUACCGAA